CUGCUGCUGCUGCUGCGACUGCUAUAACUCUGGAAGUGACUCCAAUGUACUUGGCGUUGCCCGUGUGGCUACUGCGAGACGGGCAGUACAUACUGACGGUGACCCCGGCGACCUCCGCGACCCCGGUGACCCCCGCGACCCCGGUGACCCCCACGACCCCGGUGACCCCGGUGCGGCCCCACUCGGCCUACGCGCUCUUCUUCCACGACACUCUGGCGGCCGUCAGGGGCCAGCACCCUGACGUCUCCUUCGGGGAGGCCUCGCGCAUCGCCGCCAACACGUGGGGCAGCCUCGCCCACCAGCACAAGCAGGUUUACAAGAAGAAGGCUGACGAUGCCAAGAAGGAAUAUCUGAAGGCGUCGGUGGCCUACAAGGCCAAGUUAGCCGCCAAGGACCGUGCUGCUACUGCUGCCACGGUGACGCCACCGCCACCACCACCGGCCGCACGCUUGCCGCACUCAGGAACGCCGCGGCUUGUCCCGUUCUACGGAACGCCGGGCGGGACGGGGGUUCUCCUCCUGUCUACCGCCACCACCAUCACCACCUCCUCCACCUCCUCCUCCUCCUGCUCCUCCACCACCUCCUCCUCCUCCUGCUCCUCCACCUCCUCCACCUCCUCCACCUCCUCCACCUCCUGCUCCUCCACCACCUCCUCCUCCUCCACCUCCUCUGACGUCAUCUUGACACGAUUCCUGUCGGCAAAAACAACAACCACCACCACCACAUCCUCCUCUCACGUCUUCGCCACCACAAGCACCACCUCAGCCGUCGGCAGCCGCCAGUCUUGUAGGAGAGGAAGAAGAGGAGUAAGACCCGGUGCGGAUCCCGCGGAUCGGACUGCAGGAGCCGGGCUGACUCUGGCUCUGUGCUCCCGAUCCGGAUGCCGGAACUUGCCUGUGGAGAACAGCGACUGGGAUCUGGAGUAUUGCAGCAGUGAGUGUGUGGUACAGCACUGCAGGACGGUGUUCCUCUCGUGGCUGUCGGACCGACUCCAACGUGGCGCACCGUGAUCCCAUCGACUCUUCACACAGAGACCCAUAGACCACUCAUAGAGACCCAUCGACUCCUCACACAGAGACCCAUAGACCACUCAUAGAGACCCAUCGACUCCUCACACAGAGACCCAUA